CCGGCUAGCUCCUUUUUCUCCUGCUCUGGUUUCAGUUUUGAUAUCUGACGUUCCAGAGCCGAGAUAUCUUCUCGGUCCUACUCACCUAUUCCUGUUAUGUCCGCUCCAGGUCGUGGUGGCUCGUUUCGUGGUGGCGGCGGAGGACGUGGCCCUAGACGGGGAGGUUUUGGGGGUGAUUCUAGUAGAGCCCGCAGUGCCCGUGGAGGCUUCCAGGGCAGAGGAAGGGGCGGCGUGACUGUUUCGGUGUUCUCGACUCCCGAUCGAAUCAUCCCUGUUCCAAACACGAUUGUCGCGAAGACCGAAGAUGCCCUUCUGGCCGCUACCAAAGGUGGCCUUAGUCUCGCAGGCUCAAAGUUACGAGAGGGGUUUCCUUGUCGUCCCGGCUUCGGCACGAAAGGCACACCCGUGACGCUGUGGGCCAACUAUUUCGAAAUGUGUCCACCCCCAAAAGUCAUGUUCUACCGAUACGAUAUUGCUGUUUCACCCGCGGUCGCCGGAAGAAAGCUUAGCCAGGUCGUCAGGCUGUUACUGGAGUCCGAAGAAUUGAUGGAAUUUCGACUGGAUGUGGCCACUGACUUCAAGUCAACUCUUGUGUCGCGUCAGAAGUUGCCCGCGGAUGAGACGGUUGCCAAAAUCCAGUACCGCUCGGAAGAUGAGGACGAACCUCGACAAAAUGCCACCCAAUACGAAGUUCGUCUCCUAUACACGAAUACCUUGAGUGUCUCGCAUCUGAUCGAGUAUCUCACAUCUACGAACAUAAGCGCGCGGUUCAACGACGCUCAGUCUCUGGUUCAGGCCUUCAACAUCUUCCUCAACCAUCACUCAAAGCUGACGGGGAAUUUGGCUACGAUUGGGGCUAGCAAGAAAUUCUCUCUAGCCGAUAACGCGGAUAAGUGGGAUCUUGGCACAGGAUUGACGGCAAUACGAGGCUUCUUUUCGAGCGUGAGGGUGGCAACCUCCCGCCUCCUCGUCAAUGUGAAUGUCAGCCACGGUGCCUUUUAUGAAGCAGGGCCGCUGGACAAGAUCAUGUUCAUGUACUACUCUGCUCACCAAAGAAGCAAGUACAAACUGAACAACUUCCUCGCGAAGCUGAAGGUGGGGCCUAUUCACCUGCCAGAAAGGAAGAACAAAAAGGGUGAAAUCGUGCGGAAAGUCAAGACCAUUGUUGGCCUCGCCAACACGAAUGACGGACACGGCCUCCAGCACCCCCCAAGGGUAAAAGAGUUCGGUGCAGGUCCUAAGGAUGUGGAGUUCUGGCUCGAAGGCGGUGGGGGAGGCCAGCCGGCCAGCUCACCAGGAGCUGGAAGUCAGGAGGAAGGUAAAAAGAAAAAGCAGAAAUGGAAACAGGCAGGCCCUUCCGACAAGCCAUCGUCGACCUCGUCCAGUGGCGGAUACAUCAGUGUUUACGAAUUCUUUUGGACCAGUGAGUCUCUGAAUGCCUGCUGGGGAGCUCAUUUUAUAAUAACUGUCCGAAUAGAAUAUAAUUGGCAGACCAACCCCAUGAUCCCCAUCAUCAACGUCGGUACACGAGAUACCCCAAGCUAUCUUCCACCUGAGGUCUGUGUCGUCGUUCCAGGUCAGAACUCAAACUCAAAGCUCAACCCCGCGCAAACCCAACAAAUGAUACAGUUUGCUGUACGGAGCCCAUGGGAGAAUGCUGCUUCAAUAGUCCGCGAUGGUUUUCAAACAGUUGGUCUUUCAUCACAGGCGAACGUGCUUCUGGAUCGGUUUGGCGUAUCGGUCCCACCUCAGUUGAUCACUGUGUCAGGGAGGGUUCUCAACGAGCCUAAGGUCUUGUACAAAGAGGGGAAGCCUGCCCCGGUGCGCUCUGGCAGCUGGAAUAUGGUUAACGUGAAGUUAAACACCACCGGGACUAUGACGAAUUGGUCGUACCUACUCAUUUCGAUAUCUGAUCGGCGGGACGCAUUUGAUCAAGCAGGUCUCAUCGCUAUGCUCGUCAAGUUUCAAGAGGCUUUGCGCAAAACCGGAAUGGUCGUGGCCCCCCCGGCUCUGGGACGAAGACUAGUCCUGAGAGACCAGGAUGACCCGGAGCUCGACAACGUCUUCAAAUUAGCUGCCAAGUCCUUACACCUGCUUUUCAUUAUCCUACCAGAUACCAACCCCCUCUACAACAGGAUCAAACACUGCGGCGACGUUAAGUACGGGAUCCAAACUAUCUGCGUUGUUGGCCAUAAGAUUGCCAAAGAGAAGGGCCAGGACCAGUACUUCGCCAAUGUCGCCCUGAAGCUCAACCUGAAACUGGGCGGAAACAACCAGCUACUCGAUAAACCACGCCUUGGUAUAAUCAACGAGAAUAAGACUAUGGUUGUCGGUAUUGACGUCACACACCCGUCUCCUGGGUCUAGUUCUCGCGCGCCAAGCAUCGCCGGGAUGGUUGCCAGCGUUGAUAGGUGGCUUGGCCAGUGGCCUGCAGUUCUCCGGGUCCAGGCCGGCGCUCGCCAGGAAAUGGUCACGGACCUGUCAGACAUGCUUAAAUCACGCCUCCAGCUGUGGAAAACCAAAGGACACCACCAGUCCCUGCCCGAGAAUAUCUUGGUAUACCGUGACGGCGUCUCCGAGGGUCAGUAUGACAAAGUCAUCGAUGAGGAACUUCCGCGGCUGCGCAAGGCAUGUACGGAGGUGUAUCCGACCUCUGACCAGAAAAAGGACCUCCCACAUUUCACCAUCGUCAUUGUCGGUAAGCGUCACCACACGCGAUUUUACCCGACCAAGGAAGCCAACGCCGACCGGUCCGGCAACCCGAAGCCCGGCACCAUCGUCGACCGCGGUGUCACAGAGGCACGUAACUGGGACUUCUUCCUCCAAGCGCACGCAGCCAUCCAGGGCACCGCGCGUCCAGGGCACUACGUUGUCGUGCUCGAUGAGAUCUUCCGAGCUCGCUACGCCAAGACGUUGCCGCCGGACUGCAGCAACGUGGCGGAUGUGCUUGAGGACCUAACGCAGAGCUUGUGCUAUGUGUAUGGGCGUACGACCAAGGCAGUCAGUCUGUGUACGCCGGCUUACUAUGCUGAUAUUGUCUGUGAGAGGGCUAGGUGCUAUCUGAGUGGUGUGUUUGACACGCCGACACAGUCCGCGGAGCCGUCACUGGCCGGAAGUCAGACGGAGGGGUUGCAAGUUGGGAAUGAAGAUGUGAGGAUUCAUGAGAAGUUGAAGGAUACCAUGUUUUAUAUUUAAGCAGCGGAAGAAGCGGGGAAGCUGGGAUCUUGCA